AUGAGCGGAAGAAGAAGCAUCUGGCAGCGGCACCGCUCCAAGCUGUACUUCUCGUCUGCGAUUCUGGCAACGCUCCUCACGACAGGCGCGGUUUCGUUGUACUUGAUCAAGAAAUGGCUUUUGAGACAACAGUUGAAGAUAUCAGAACAACAGUUUGUGAAAGAACAGAUCAAACGGCGGUUUACUCAGACACAGCAAGACGCGCUCUACACAAUCUAUGAGCUAAUGCCCGUGCUUUCAUUGGUGCUGGCUAAGGAUCUGGACGUUGACGAGAUUGUGGGGGAGCUGAAGGGUAAAAAGCUCUCGAGGCACUUGUCGCAGCGUUCCGCUUCUGUGAAAGAAGACGGCGAGCAGGAUGGCCUUUCAUCCGGCAUGAGCACGAGCUUAACGGAUGCACAGGCGCCAAGGGCGAGUUUUGCGGGUCAAGACCCCACUGCGAAAACCAAGGCAGAGCUUUGGAACGAGCUCAAGCUUAAGAGUUUGACAAAACUGUGUACAGUGAUUUACAGCACGUCCUCUCUUUUGCUUCUCACCAGACUGCAACUCAAUAUUUUGGCAAGAAGAGAGUAUAUCGAAACGGCUGUUAAGGUCGCAGUAGACAAGGAGUCAUCACAAUCAUCUAUCGCCGGUUGGCUUGCCAAUUGGUGGCACGCCGAGACGUGGGCUGCAGUUCAAGAAGACGAAAAGGAGCCAGAGGGUCCCGAACUUUCCGAAAAAGCGCAGCAGGCGCGCAGGUCAAGCUAUAUUAACGAACAAGCAUUUCUAUCAUUUUCCUGGUGGCUACUGAAUCGCGGGUGGUUGCAGUUCAAGUCUCUGGCUGAGAACUUGGUGGAGCGUCACUUCGGCGAUCUGAAUCCCCGUGAUAUGCUUACCGUUGAAGAGUUUGGAGGUAGGCUGUCAAGUGUCUUACAUGCCAUUAAUCAGGAGCUUCUUGUCAAGACAGACGCUGAACAGGCCCUACAGAUGAUCCUAUUGCCCGACCCAAAUUUGGAGCAGUUUGUGCUACAGCAGACGCUUGAUUCAGAAGCUUUGAAGCUUCUCUACGAGGAUAAUACCGUUUUACGUCAACUGCUCAACGAGACUACCAAGUGCAUUGAGUCAACCGCGUCUCUAAUCGUAUUGGAAAGCCUGGUUAACGAUGCUUACCAGUUCGCCAUGUCUCUCAUCGCGGACAACGUAUCCAAGAAGAGCAAGCAAAAAAUUGAUCAAGACAACUCCGAAGCCUCAGAACCCAAGUUUCAGAUGGCGCUUUUUUCGAUCACUUCGAAGCACUGUUGCGACGAAAUGUUAAAAAGUGGCAUUGUCUCGAUGAAUAACCUGUUUUUGCAAAGGCUGGACUCCAUUACAGAACUGGACGACCUCAGCGCUAGCGUUUAUAGUAACUUUGGGUUCUAA